UGAGGUGGGUGGGAUCAACUUGUACAGGUCAUGCCAAGAGGUACUACUGCAAGCAGACGCUCAAGAGGAAGCCUGCUGUAGUUUCACUGUCAAAAUGCUGCACAAAAUUAUUAACCUGACAGUCAGAGAUGUGAGAUUCCCGACGUCGUUGGAGCAACAUGGCUCAGAUGCGAUGCACACAGACCCAGAUUAUUCGGUCGCAUAUGUCGUCAUCGACACGGACAGCGCGUUGAGAGGCUUCGGCCUCACCUUCACGCUGGGAAAAGGCACGGAGAUCGUGGUGUGUGCUGUGAAGGCCCUGGCACGACUGGUUGUUGGCAGAUCCUUGCAGGAGGUCGUGAGCGACUUCCGUGGAUUUUACCGCCUCCUCACCAGCGACAGCCAGAUGAGAUGGCUUGGCCCAGAGAAAGGAGUGAUCCACCUGGCCACUGCUGCUGUCCUGAAUGCUGUGUGGGACCUGUGGGCGAGAGCAGAGGGCAAGCCGCUGUGGAAGCUCCUGGUUGACAUGGAUCCCAAACAGAUUGUCUCAUGCAUUGACUUCAGAUACAUCACUGACGUGCUCACAGAGGAGGAGGCUCUAGACAUACUUGUGAAAGCACGGGAGGGCAAGCAGAAGAGAGAGGAUCAGAUGCUGAAACAGGGUUAUCCUGCCUACACCACUUCCUGUGCGUGGCUCGGCUACUCAGACCAGCGGCUCAGACAGCUCUGCACAGAUGCACUUAAGAGCGGCUGGACCAAAUUCAAGGUGAAAGUUGGCGCUGAUCUAGAGGACGACAUACGCAGGUGUCGGCUCAUAAGGCAAAUGAUUGGACCCAAUAACACUUUGAUGAUCGAUGCUAACCAGCGAUGGGACGUAGCCGAGGCCAUCAGUUGGGUGUCCAGUCUGGCUGAGUUCAAGCCUCUUUGGAUUGAGGAGCCCACAUCUCCAGAUGACAUCCUGGGUCACGCUGCCAUCUCCAAGGCUUUGGCUCCACUCGGGAUUGGAGUCGCAACUGGAGAGCAGUGUCACAACAGGGUGAUGUUUAAGCAGUUCCUCCAGGCCUCGGCCCUGCAGUUUGUCCAGAUAGACAGCUGUCGGCUGGGCAGCGUCAACGAGAACCUGGCCGUGCUGCUGAUGGCCCACAAGUUCCAGGUUCCUGUUUGUCCUCACACUGGAGGAGUCGCUCUCUGUGAGCUGGUCCAGCAUCUGAUUCUGUUUGACUACAUCUGUGUGUCUGGAAGUCUCAACAAUCGAAUGUGCGAAUAUGUAGAUCACUUGCAUGAACACUUCACCAGUCCCGUGGUGAUUCGUGACGCCCACUACUUGCCCCCCAAGGAUCCAGGAUAUUCUUGUGAGAUGCUGGAGUCGUCAGUGCAAAGACACCAGUACCCUGAAGGAGAUGUUUGGAAGGAGCACAUGAAUCAAUGAGGAUUGAAACUCAACCAUCUGCAUUUUAAUGGUGGGAUGAGGGUUGUAGUCGCAGAUCUCAAAGUCCUCUGCGCGGAAAUCAUCGAUGCUCUCCACUUUUCUCAGGAUCUUUAGUUUGGGGAAGGGGCGGAUCUCCCUCUGUAGCUGCAAACGUAGACAGGUGAGCUUGUGUUAGUUUGUAAUCGGAGAGAAAACCAGAGAGAAAAGUGACUUUAAAUGACCCACCUGCACUUCGAGAGGUUCUAUGUGGUUGACGUAGAUGUGAGCGUCUCCCAGAGUGUGAACAAAGUCACCAGGCUGAUGGGACAGAACGACGAAGCGAUAAAUGAAGCACACGACGACACUCGAGAAAAAAAAAAUAAUGAAAGAAAUAACAGUUUUGCCAAAAGCCCAGAGCUCUUACCUUGAGUCCUGUGAUGUGUGCGAUCAUGUAGGUAAGAAGUGCGUAGCUGGCAAUGUUGAAGGGCACCCCGAGGCCCAUGUCACCUGAGCGCUGGUACAGCUGGCAGGACAGCUCGCCGUCACACACGUAGAACUGACACAAGGCGUGGCAGGGAGGCAGAGCCAUGAGGGGCAGGUCUGCGCACCAACAUAUGACAAGAUACAGAUUUAAACUCGCAGAACGUCACAAUAAACAGAUUUAAAAAGGGACAUCAGCGGCAGUUCACUUCGGAAGUCAUUUUUAAUUUUGUACACGUUUCACCUUUGGGAUUCCAAGCGCACAUGAUGAUCCGUCUGUCCUCUGGAUUCUUUUUGAUCGUGUCUAUGAUCUUCUGCAGCUGGUCAACACCUUGUCCUGUAUAAUCUGUUGAUUAAUUAAAAAAAAAAAAAAUUAAACAUUUAAAAUCUGGA